GUUGGGAUUAGUGCUUCAGAUGCUCUUAACAUCUGCAGCACCAGGGCAGUCCCACAUUCGUCAGCGCUGGAAGCCGGAGGGUAGCAGCAAGGCUGGGUUUUAUGAGCCUUUUGUUUGUGGAGGCAGGCAGCACAGGGCAUGAGAAGAGACUUCUGAGCAGCCAUGGAUGGGUUACAGCUCCAGCAGACAUCCAGCAGCCGGAGCCUCCUCAAGCUCACCCUCACGGAGAUGAAGUGGAUUCAUGUGUUGGUCAUCUUCUUCUUCCUGUUGUCUGUUGCAAUGACGGGCUGCUUUCUGUGGCAGUACAGCCUUCCCAAGGUGGAGCCCGUCCCAUCUGUGUUGGAAGUGAGAUCAGAAGCUGUGCAGAUGUGCCCCCGCUACCCUGAACCUGUACCGCUGGACCACCCCAUCCCCAUUCUGAAGGACUCAUUGGAGAAGGUAGAUAUGAUGCUGCGCGAGAAGAUUCACAGCUCUGGUAUCCCUGCCAUGUCUGCCAUCGUUAUCUACAACGACACUGUGCUCUGGACCGGCAACUUUGGGAAGAAGAAUGGUUCAGACCCCUCCUCCGUGGUGCCCAACGAGUACACUAUUUACAGAAUUGCCAGUGUCUCCAAGAUCUUCCCCACGAUUAUGUUGUACAAGAUGUGGGAGGAAGGAAAAGUCAUGUCUCUUGAUGACCCAUUGGAACGUUAUGCCCAGAACUUUGUUAUUAAGAACCCUCUGGGGAGGCUCAAAGAAUCCGAACAGAGAUACACAGCAGAUGGGCUGAUUUUUUUGGAAAAAGGCUCAAUGCCACUGAAGCCAUCACCGGUUACCUUGCGCAGGAUGGCCAGCCAGCUCUCAGGUCUGCCCAGGAGGCUGCGAUCUACCAGCCUGCUGUGGAAGGGCAACACACAAGAUGCUCUAGCUCUCCUGAAAGACGAUGUCUUGGUUGCUGAUCCAGGAACCAGAUGCCACUACAGCAAUCUGGCCUUCUCGCUGAUGGCACACGUGCUAGCCGACCAUGCGGCUGAGGGGCAAUACCAGCGCUGGGUCUCAGAGAACAUCCUGGACCGCUUGGGCAUGGAGGACACUGGCUUCGAUAUUACACCCCCGAUCCGCUCCCAGAUGGCUGUGGGCUUCUACAGCAGCCGGCAGCCAGCCCCUCUCUAUGACCUGGGCUGGUACAGGCCUUCUGGCCAGAUGUACUCCACAGCUGCCGACCUCGCCAAGCUGGCAAUGGUCUUCUUAGGCACCUACCACCGUCGUCUCCUAGAGCCUGACACAGUGAAGACAAUGCUGACCCCUCUGUUUAAGUGCUCCACUGAAUACUUCGCAAACAAGACCGGCACACCCUGGGAAAUUAAUGAGCAACUGGGAUAUGAUGUCAUUAGGAAGGAUGGAGACCUUGACGGUUACUCAGCCACCUUCUCACUCAUCCCCAAGCUCUGCCUGAGCUUCAUUGUACUGAUGGCGGGGCCGAGGCCACAGGGUGGAGAUAUCGUGACUCAGGCAUAUGACUAUCUGAUUCCUGCCAUGGAGACAGCGUUCAGAGAGGCAGAGAAAAGCUUGAUUCCUCCUCCAAGUCCAGGCCCUUAUGUUGGCUACUAUACCUACUCCAACCUGACUUUCUAUGAGAUCAAAGUUGGACCUGGUGGGGUGCUGGUCAUGCAGCAGUUUGGGCCUCAUGUGGAAGAGCUGAUUCCUGAAAAGUACCGGACAAUCAAGCUCCACCACCUGGAAGAUCGUGUUUUCCAAGUUGUUUUUGAUAAGGAGUUCCCUUGUGUCCUGCACCUAGGCUCUGCCUCCAUCUCACUGGAGACCCAGAAUGGGCAGCUCUUUAACUUUUACCCGUUCGAUCGCCAGGGUUUGUCUCCCGGGUUUGAUGCACCAGGGCUGAACACAUACAACGUGGUGCGUGUGCUCCGUAAACCCGUAUUCUAUAGCUAAAUGUCCCCUCUACUUAUCCGACCACUUCUGGGAGGUGGCUCCAAAUCUGUGUCUCACCAGACUCUCCUGUCUGUGUGGCUUUAUGGAUGCCAUUUAAAAGGGAAAGACGGUGGCAGACAGCUCUUUUGCCCAACAAAUAUGUCAUAUCCCGCUUCUAAAAUAAUGUUAACGGCACGUGAUCCCUGGCAGUGCACAGCCCAGCUAGCAACUGGGGAUGCCUGCAGAAAAAAGAGGUGGGAAUGUGCUGGCUGGAUGGUGACUGCAUCCCAUAAAAAAAAUAGCCAAGCACUUAAGUCUCCAACACUUACACUGUUUGAUGACUGUUGUGGUAAUUGACUGGCACCUUCAAAGGGCUGAGGAUUUUCCAUCUCUCUCAGAAAAUAUCUCUUCUUCAGUCCAAGGGGGUUUCCAGGGCUCUUCAGGAGCCCACCUACCAUGAACGAGAUUCCUUAUUCCGGUUUGCCAAAAGAUUAUGGGCUAGAGAAUGGCACCAGCCUGAUGCCAAGCCUUGCCUGUGGUGUCUGGGAAGGAAGGGUCCAUGUCUUCCCUGGGUCACAAGAGGGGAGGUGUGAAAACAGCAGAGAGCAACGUGGUUAUGUAUUUGCUCCGUAGAUUUCUGCAAAAGCAGAAAGGAUAUUGUAGCACUUAAGUAUAGAAGUAUGAAUCUAACUCCUGUGAGCGGGGCCGUAUAAAGCCAUAGGCUGGUGUAUCCCAGCUGGACUCAGGUCUGUGACUAUCUCAGUCUCCAGGCAAGUGCGUGAGUGUGGCGUUUAAGUAGUGGGAAACUUUACGUGUAUUUAGUAUGGGAAUCUUUAUGUGUGUUUGAGGCAGGGUGUCUGUAUGCGUAUGUACCCGUUGUGUUUAGGCGUGUGUGAGGGAGGAUGCUAAGGGAAAGUGCAUUAGCUCCAGGAGCACUGCAUUCAGGAGAGGUGUGCCUGCAAGCGAUCUGCAAAGCCACAGGUGCAUUUUCUACUUCUUUCUUGUGCCCACUCCAUGCCAAGGCAGGACAGGCCAGUAACACCAACACCAUGUCACUGCGACGGGAACAGUGGCAGGCAUGAGCACAAGACAGGGCAAGUACCGCUGAUGGAGGAGUCUUGGCUCCUGCAAUGCCCCUUCAAGUUGAGGAGAGUGUCGUCAUCGCAGCCCUAACCAGAGCCUGAAAUAAAAGCAUGCAGCGCCAGGGCAAGAUAACUCUUAGGUUACAAUGAAUACCCUAGCUGCAGAGUAUGGCAGUGGCUGCACAGCAUGUAAAUCCUGGGGGAUGUAGGAAAGGGUAAACACACCAGCACAGCCAAAGGGCAUGUUCUCCCCUACCAUGACUGGUAUGAGGUUGGAUCCUCUUGCAGAGUGAUGUCCUGCUGCUGCUUGCCCACACCAAGUCAUGGAAGUGGACAGGUCUCAGAGAGGAUGAGAAAAUAAAUCUUCCUGCAUCCCUUG